CGGAAGUCACGCCGGGCCACGUCCGCGGGUUCUGAGGGCGCCGGGGCGCUGACAGCGGGGGGUUUUCCGCGCGGCGCAGACAUGGAUUUGGAUGCUGUUAUAGAACACUCAGCAUUGCAUGCCAAGCCCAGUGGACUCAUUCUUCAAUAUGGGACUGCUGGCUUCCGAACAAAAGCACAACAUCUUGAUCACGUCAUGUUUCGCAUGGGGUUAUUAGCUGUCCUGAGGUCAAAACAUACAAAAUCUACAAUAGGAGUCAUGGUAACAGCAUCACACAACCCUGAGGAAGACAAUGGUGUAAAAUUGGUUGAUCCUUCGGGUGAAAUGUUGGCACCAUCCUGGGAGGAACAUGCUACCUGUUUAGCAAAUGCUGAGCAGCAAGAUCUGCAGAGAGUGCUGGUGGCCAUCAUGGAGAAAGCAGCCGUGGACCUGCAGUGUGAUGCCUUCAUAGUGAUGGGGAGAGAUACCAGGUCCAGCAGUGAGAAACUUUCACAGUCCGUGAUAGAUGGCGUGACUGUUUUAGGAGCUCAGUUCUAUGAUUAUGGCCUAUUAACCACGCCCCAGCUGCACUACAUGGUGUACUGCCGGAAUACCAGCGGCCAGUAUGGAGAGGCAACCAUAGACGGUUACUACCAGAAACUCUCCAGGGCCUUUGUGGAACUUACCAAACAGGCUUUCUACAGUGGAAAUGAAUAUAGAUCCCUUAAGGUCGACUGUGCAAAUGGCAUAGGGGCCCUGAAGCUAAGAGAAAUGGAACACUACUUCUCCCAGGGGCUGUCAGUCCACCUGUUCAAUGAUGGAACCAAAGGGAAACUCAAUCAUUUAUGUGGAGCUGACUUCGUAAAAAGUCAUCAAAAACCUCCACAGGGAAUGGAAAUGAAGCCCUGUGAAAGAUGCUGUUCCUUUGACGGCGAUGCAGACAGAAUAGUGUAUCACUACCGUGACACGGACGGCCGCUUCUGCCUCGUGGACGGAGACAAGGUGGCGGCGCUCAUCAGCGGCUUCCUCAAGGAGCUCCUGCUGGAGAUCGGAGAAAGUUUGAAUAUUGGUGUUGUACAAACUGCAUAUGCAAAUGGAAGUUCAACAAGGUAUCUUGAAGACGUUAUUAAGGUGCCUGUCUAUUGCACUAAAACUGGAGUAAAACAUCUGCACCACAAGGCGCAGGAAUUUGACAUUGGAGUUUAUUUUGAAGCAAACGGACAUGGCACAGUGCUGUUUAGUAAAGCUGCUGAAAUGAAGAUAAAACAACUAGCAAAAGAAUUAGAAGAUAAGAAACAGAAAGCUGCUAAGAUGCUUGAAAAUAUUAUGGACUUGUUUAACCAGGCAGCUGGUGACGCUAUUUCCGACAUGCUGGUGGUUGAGGCGAUCCUGACUCUGAAGGGCUUCACUGUAGAACAAUGGGAUGCUCUCUAUACAGAUCUUCCAAACAGACAGCUCAAAGUUAAGGUUGCAGACAGGCAAGUGAUCAGUACCACCGAUGCUGAAAGACGAGCAGUUACUCCUCCAGGACUACAGGAGGCAAUCGAUGAGCUGGUGAAGAAGUACAAGCUUUCCCGAGCUUUUGUCCGGCCCUCUGGUACAGAAGAUAUAGUUCGAGUAUAUGCAGAAGCAGACUCGCAAGACAGCGCGGAUGCCCUUGCAUAUGAAGUGAGUUUGGCAGUAUUUCAGCUGGCUGGAGGAGUGGGAGAAACACCCCGACCAGGUUUCUGAAGACAGUUUUUAUAUUUUUGAGAAGCUGGGUCUUAAAAGUUUUUACAAAAUGUUGGUAUUGCCAUUAUUGUGACAGGUCCAAACACAUUUAUGAUUAUGUUCACAGUGCACCUUAUCAGAUUGUUACCAUUUUUCUUACACACUACCAGAAUAAUUCUUUUGGAUUAGGGAACGCUUGCUAUACUUGUUAAAUUCAGUUUUUAAAAAAUGAAGCUUGUGUAAAACAUUGGGGCUUAAGCAUAUGAUUGAAUCAUUAACUUUAUAAUAUAUACAGGGAAAAAUUCAUGAGGGGUCCUGGGAAAUUAAACCUCACUACCAACUCCUUGGGAUGUCUUUCCCAUUGCCAAUCCCUAACCAAGAUGUCAUUUUGCAGUAUUCAACACAGUUGAUACAGAUGGAGAGGGUGGGAAAGUAUAUAACCAAUUUUUCCACAGCAAAGUGUUCAGAAUGAUUUUUAAAUGACUUACCUCUUUGAUUAACAUCACCAGGAAAUCAGAGGUGUACUAAGGAGACUGUACAUCCCUACUCUGUACUGAAGUUGAGAGGGCUAGGUUUCAGUUCUUUAAUCCUCUUAGUUAAAGUAUGUGGCAGAAAACUAAUUCUAAUACAUUACCAAGCCUCUGACAGAGAACUGACACCAUUGUGAUAGUUCAGAUGUUGUUAAUAAUGGAAAGAAAAAACCCCAAUUUUUAAAACUGGAAACUAAGAGAAAAAAAUGUGCAGUGUGUAUUUUGCAUGUUAAAGACAACUCAGGACAAUAAAACAACGGACCAUGUAUAUGUAUAGAGAUCUCUCUUAGGCACCAUAAUUGAUAUGAGCCAACAAUAUUUUAACUUGACUCAGGCCACAUUUUGACAUUUGCUCUUAUUUACAAGUAUGUAAAUUAAAUACAUCUUGACAUGUGUUUUGUUACAUACAAAAGAAAACCCCAAAAACUGUACAAUUCAGAGCAUGUUUGUUUUAAAUACAUUUAAACUAAACGGGA